CUGGAGUUUAUGAUGUCAUCUGGAAUGUCUCAGAGCUUUGAUAUGACCUAUUAGGUCAUAGCUAUGUCACUUUUUCUACUCUAUUUUCUUCUGCGUAUCUUCUGUCAUUCCUGCAAAUUUGAAAUGUUUUGUUUGAGCCAAUCUCAGCCAUUUGAUAUCAGACAAGACAGUAACUGAAUUGUGUUCAUGAAACAUCACUCUACCUUGUUUUGGUGGCUAUUGUCACACUCCUAUUGUUGUGUGUGUGUGUGUCUGGCGGAGUGUGUGUGUGUGUGUUUGUCUGGCGGAGUGUGUGUUUGUCUGGCGGAGUGUGUGUUUGUCUGGCGGAGUGUGUGUUUGUCUGGCGGAGUGUGUGUUUGUCUGGCGGAGUGUGUGUUUGUCUGGCGGAGUGUGUGUGUUUGUCUGGCGGAGUGUGUGUGUUUGUCUGGCGGAGUGUGUGUGUUUGUCUGGCGGAGUGUGUGUGUUUGUCUGGCGGAGUGUGUGUGUUUGUCUGGCGGAGUGUGUGUGUUUGUCUGGCUGUGUGUGUGUGUUUGUCUGGCUGUGUGUGUGUGUUUGUGUGUGUGUGUGUGUGUUGUGUGUGUGUGUGUUUGUCUGGCGGUGUGUGUGUGUGUUUGUCUUUGUGUGUGUGUGUGUGUGUGUUUGUCUGCGGAGUGUGUGUGUGUGUGUGUUUGUCUGGCGGAGUGUGUGUGUGUUUGUCUGUGUGUGUGUGUGUUUGUCUGGCGGAGUGUGUGUGUGUGUGUGUGUUUGUCUGGCGGAGUGUGUGUGUGUGUGUUUGUCUGGCGGAGUGUGUGUGUGUGUGUGUUUGUCUGGCGAGUGUGUGUGUGUUUGUGUGUGUGUGUGUGUGUGUGUGUUUGUCUGGCGGUGUGUGUGUGUGUGUGUGUUUGUCUGUGUGUGUGUGUUUGUGUGUGUUUGUCUGUGUGUGUGUGUUUGUCUGGCGGAGUGUGUGUGUGUGUUUGUCUGUGUGUGUGUGUGUGUGUUUGUCUGGCGGAGUGUGUGUGUGUGUUUGUCUGUGUGUGUGUGUUUGUUUGUCUGGCGGAGUGUGUGUGUGUG